ACGGCCGGCGUUAACUUUAAAAAGUCGCACUCAGCUCGUCAACGAACUUAUUAUCAAUCUGGACUUUGUGGUGCCAACAACUCUCAAUUCAAAUCAACAGCAGCCGAAGCAACAACCACAUCAACUGAGCCAUGAAGUACACGUUGAUCUUCACUUUGCUGGCAGCUUUGACAUCCUCUAGCCUUGCCGCUCCCUUCGACCUGAACGAUCUCUUUCCUGGCUUGCUGAAAAAUGCGGCUGUGGAGCAGGCGCCGGAGCAGGAUGUGGUCAAGCGUCAGGUGCUGGCCAAUCCCGAUGGUGAACUGAAGCAGAUCUCAUUCCAAACAUUGAUUGGCGAUCUGGAGAACAGUUUGUUUCAGUCCGCGUUGAGUCUGAACGGCGCCAGUGCUCCCGACUCCCAAGUGGAUGAGAUUAAGCCAGGUCAGUCCGAGCUGGCGGAGAGCAACGAACACAGCAUUGCCAAGCGUGCUCAUGAGGUUGUGGCUGCCCCUGAAGUGGCUGCAACACCUGAGGAUGCCCAGGAGCGCAAGAUUCUGGUGCAGACCACUAAGAAGGUGCCCGUAUCUGAGGAAAGUGGUCCUGCACACUUGAUCAUCGAUCGUGUUUCGGUGCAACCACACAUUGGCCUCUCGGUGCCACUGAUUCCCACCUUCCAGGUGCAUCACACGAAGAUCACCUCGGCCACCAUCAAGGAGGAUGCCAACAACGACAGCAGCGAUGGCAAGCAGACCAAGAUUAGCAUUACCAAGACUUCAAUAACUUCGACAGCACCUGUGGAAAGCAUCGAGGCGCAGAGCACCAGCCUCAACCCAGAGGUGGUGACCUCCAGCACCACAGAGCAGGCAACCAGCAGCAGUCAGAGGGAGGAGAGCAGCUCCAGCAGCAGCAGCAGCACCACCACCACCACCACCAGCACCACCACUGAGCAGCCCCUAAAGCAGGUGGAGGAGAAGCUCAAGGAGAAGGUGGCCGAAGUAGAGGCUGAGCCUGUUAUUCUCACCGCUCGAGUCUAGACUCUAGAGACAGCAUCUCAUUCUAGUCUUAGCCAUCGCAUAUCUCACUCACUCACUCACACACACAUACAUAUUUAUGUCACGCCAAGUUCAAUUAAAGUCAUGUGAUUUGAUCUAAAGCCCAACAAA